AUGGCAUUCGCCGGCGCAUCCUUCGGGCGGCGGCGGCGGCGGUGGCAGGGCCACCCCGCGGCCGCGCGCCGAUUUAGCUUUGGCCGCCGCAACAAAGCGAACCAAGGGGGCGGCGGCGGCGGCGGGGGCGCGGGGCAGGUGGCGCGCGUGUGCGAGGGGCUGCUGCUGUGCGCCGCGUCGGCGCUGCGCGUGGAGCGCGUGCGCGCGCUGGGCGUCACGCGCGUGCUCAGCGCCGCCCCCGAGCUGCCCGACACGCCGCUGCCGCCGGGCGUGGCGCUGGAGCGCGUGGCGCUGCGCGACUGCCCCGACGCCGACCUCGCCAGGCACCUCGACCCCGUCGCCGACGCCGUGCUGCAGGAGCGCGAGCGCGGUGGGACGACGCUCAUCCACUGCGUGGCGGGCGUGAGCCGGUCGGCGGCGCUGUGCCUGGCCUUCCUCGUGAAGCACCUGCGCAUGCCGCUGCGCAAGGCCUUCGCGCACCUGCGCGCCCGCCGCCCCUGCGUGCGCCCCAACGCAGGCUUCUUCCGCCAGCUCAUCGACUUCGAGCGGCGCACGCUCGGCGCCGCCUCCGUCGCCAUGCUCACCCACAAGGCGCUCUGCAUCCCGGACGUGUACGAGCCCGAGUACCGCGCCACGCUCUGCCUGCAGCGCCAGUUCCCGCGCAGCCUCGGCCGCCACUGAGCCACGCUCCUCCACGCCCCGCCCCGCUCCGCCCGAGGGACCAAGCGGACACAUAUAUAUAUUUUAUACUCUCUUUUAUGUGAUGUGGAUACGUGUAUAUACAUAUACAAAUAUCUAAUGCUAGAGACGCCAUAAUUUUAGUGGUUUAACCAAAAAUUUUAAUAUUUAUGUUUUGGGUUUUUUUCGUCACUGUUACUUUUAUCUAAGAAGCCUUAAUCGUUUGUGUCGGAUCUCUGCGUUGGAGAAAACUUUCUCUAUCUCCCUUUGAGAAUGACGUACAUCAAUGCAGCGUAAUCUCAUCCACAACACAAUUAUCUAGUGAUAACGACGUAUUCAUUAAGAAAGUUUUUGUUGGCUUGUUCACAAACGCUAAUUCGUAUUUAUGGAGCAAACAUCUUUUAUUAAAAACAAGAUAACUGGCAAUCAUUGUAUUGUACAAAGAUUUGAAUUCUAACAUUUUUAUAACAUGUCUGCUCCAUCGGUGUUCACAAAGUUAAAUAUGUCAAGGAAUUGCAGCCGUCGUCGGUAUUCUCAAGUAGAGAAUAUCAAGGACAUCGGGUGAUUUCUCCAAAUUCUAAAAAGUUAUCAUAAGGAUGCUUAUUUCAUAGACUAUAAAAUCGACAUCCUGACUUUGUGAACAGCAACGCGAUAUUAAUGUCAAUCACAGUUGCAGUAUUUGUCAAUCAAAUUUGCUUAAGCACAGAAGGUAAUGCAAAUGAAGCACUCAACCAUCUCAGCUGCUAGCACAUUCUCGCGGGGAAGGAGGGAGCUACGCUCUCGCCCCACAUUCCAAGGGGCUCCCCGCAAGCCUCGUCCACUAAACGCAAGGCAGCGCCACGGACAAGCGGACUUGGGCCAUCGCAAUGGCGUAAUAAUGAUGCAUGGAGGUUCUUAACUACUUACAUUGUUUUCUAAUUUAACAUAUAAUUAUACCAACUGGUAAGUAUUUCCAACAUUGUUUGAUCAUAUACAUACCAUAAAUUAGCAUUGAUACACCUCGUAGAAUAAAAUGAGACAGAAUAGUUACAUAUCAGCGCCUUGUACGUUAUGCACCAGUGUGAUAAAUUUUAAGCCAAGACUGAAUAGCUGACUCAAACUAUUGCUAUUCUCUCCAGCAUUUAUCUCUUUAUGUUUCUAUGAUUAUGCUAGUGAAAAAGUGGUACAGAAUAUAUGAUGCACUCUUAUGUGAAUUAAUUGGAGUGUACUUUUUUUUAUAAGAUUUAGAUUAAAUUUUUCGCAGAUAAUUUGCAUAUUUCUCAAAUGUAAUGGUCAAAAUCACUGUUUAUAGAAUGCCCGAAUACUUUAACUAGUAAAAAUAGGCAUAUGUAAAUAAACGACAAAAUAAAAUUGUUUUAGGUAAAAUAUUUAAACAAGAAGAUUCACAGAAACAAAAUGCAUAGAAUAUAAAUUUAAACAUUUUAAUUUGUCAACAUUUUCAUUGAAGUAUUUACAAUAACACUGACUUUUAUUGAAAUAGUGACAUUGUACUCAUUCUGACCUGAAAAGAAAUAGUUAACCCUUUUCAUAGUUUCAUUUGAUAUUCAUUAUCUUUAAGAAUGUGUGGUAUGAAAUUUCCCAAUAAAAAUUUAGAGGGCAUUUCAAUUCUGUCUCCUAUUUGUAAACGAGGAUAUGUUACAAUUUAAAUGUAUGUUACGCCUUUUUAAUGUCUUUGAGAAACCACUAUUUGACUGUUGCUGUGUUUAUGAUAAUCAAGAGAAUAUCACUGAGAAAAUGUCAUUAGUUGCAAUACGGGAUAUAUUCAGCUUCAUUACAGAUGCAAAACGGGAAGUGUCGUACACACACCUACUUCGUGGAUCUCAUGAUAAAGUAAAAUACUCUUGUACUUACAAGGGUGACUUGGAUACCCUCACAGGAAUUAAGAAAAUUGUUCUCAGGUAGACGUGGAGGUCAGUAUAAGAACCAAUCAGUAUUACGCAUGUUUUCUAACAACUCUAUCGACUUGCAGUUCAUUCGUUUGCACCACCCGAUCGUGAAAUGGAUCGCUUAAAAAGCUAGUGGUGCUACUACAGCAUGUACUUUCUCGCGUAUUAUCACGCAAAAUUACGUGAAAAGUACUCAAAGUUUCGAAAAAUUGUCCAUGACCUUAUUUUAAAACCUAUCUUUAAGGAAUCUAGCUAGUUAGUUGUAGGAAGACUGCGAAACAAUUGUGAACUUUUGCAAUUUUCGAGAAGUCAGGGUUUUCAACGAACAUGAGACCGCGACCUCAGCCAAAUCGAUUGGGGAAUAUCAAUGUUGGAGAAAAUCAGCAGAAUGGUUUAGCCGCUAGCGCGCUAUUCACAGACGGAAUGACAGACGUUUUGCCGUGAAACGAUUUUUUUGUAUCGAAGAACUCAACAAACGGAUUCUAGGUACACCACUUGUUAGAUACUUUUUUCUAAAUCUAAAUUCUCUCAAACCUAUAAUAUUGAGGGCUGUGAUUUAUGGGGAAUAACAUAUUACACAUAUUGACUAAAAGUAUUCCAAAUAAAGAGUAAAAAAUAGUCAAAAAAUUUAACAAAAGAUCUGAAAUAAUGAAAAUAAUAUAAAUAAAACGUUUAAGAUACUACAUAAAUAUAAGAGUGAAAAUGGAAAUCAAAAAUUAUCCAACUUCUUAAGUUAAGAACUGGAUUUUAUUAAGUCUGCCAUUUUUUGGGACCAUAAAAGUAUCACUCCCCUUCUAAGUAUCGUUUGGAAAAUACAUGAAAAUUCAAAUCACUUAUUUAUUUAUGAAUCAAAAACAAAACGAGUAGUAGGAAGUGCAUUCGUAAUGGAAGACAUUCGAAACUUCAACACAUCCACGCAAUUGUAUACCCGGCUGAAUUGUAUGCACUAUUUGAAGCUCUGAAUGCAAGAAAAUUCGCGAUCUGUGCAAACUUCCUUAGUCUUCUCUCUGGCCUGACAAUCGCUAGCGACAACUGUAUGAGGACCCAUUAUUCCAAAUGAUUUUAAUAUUAUGUCACAAAAAACAACGACAAACAUAAAUACGUUUAUCUGGUACCCUGGGUACGUGGGUAUUUCAGGAAAUGAAGAGGCCGAUAUUGUAGCAAGAAAUGCUGCAAAUUAUCAACCAGAAAUGAAUUUCCAUACGACCUCAAGACGCUAGAAAUGCUGCUUUAAAGUGCAUCGUCAGAGCAUGGCAGGCUAUAGGCAAUACCCUUUUCACAAAAUUAAACUUUAUCAAUAGCAGAGUCUCCGUAAAUGGUCACCAUAAAUCUACUACUCUCGGUGAGCAAGUGUGCAUCACAGAUUAAGAAAAGGCCCCGCCAGAAUAACUUCUUCCUAAAUGUUGAGAAAUGAAAAGCAACCCGUCUGCGGCUGCGGAAGUACUCUGACAGUGAAAUAUAUUCUGCGAUGCGAUCUCUCAGGACUCAGGGACUGAUGUAGUAUGAGAGACAACCCGAAGGGUGACAUUUGGGACUGAUAGGACAGCUACUGGCAAAAUGAUAAAAUUUCUGAAAGAGGCAAAUGUUUUUUAUACGAUUUAAAUGGUACAUUUUUAAUUCUUAGCACACCAGCGGACCAUAAUCGGUAAAGUGCUAAAUACCUUAAAUGCUAAGUAUUCAAAGUAUUAACAAAAUCUUAUUGAAGCCUAACUUGACUUCUGUGAUGUUUGGCUGUCCGUAAAGUUUCUUAUUUACUACUUCUCCCCGUUUACACAUUGGAGACAGAAUUUAUUUCUUUUAAUUUUACUGGCAUUAUUUUCUUGUACAAGGAAGAUAUUUUUGCAUUAAUUGUGAAUUUAUUUUGUACUGUUGUGAUAUCAUAAAAGGAAACUUAUAUGUAUAUAAAGUUGUCUAUUAUUAAUUUUUCAUUGUAUUUAAAAGGAAAAAUAAAUACAUAACUGAA